UGGUAGAGGGAUAGCGGCGAGCAGAUAAUUAUUACAACAUGGCUGGUCGUGAUGUGCCGUUCAGUUUCUCGUCUUUGGACACGUCUAUCUCCUCCCUGAAGAACUGCCAGACUUAUGUAGACACAGGGAUGGACAUUGCGACGAGUGUGGCGUUGGAUCUUCUGCAGAGCGGAUGUGACACGGUGGACGUGGAGAGCAUGGAGUCCGUCAUGUUGGAAUAUGCCGCUGUCAACAGAGAUUUAAACAAUUACAUAAAGGCAGUUGAAGAAACCAUUGGCAAGUUAAAGCAGAGGACACCAGAGGAGGUCCCAGAUUUAAAAGACCUUGUCCAAGAGAAGUACUCUGCCCUGCAGAGCAAAAACACUGACGAAGAACUGAGGCGGAAUGAUAAAUUCAUCCAGUUCAAAGAACAGCUCAAAGAUCUGAGGAAGCAAAUGGGCGUGCCAUCAGAGGAACCAGAGGUUAAUUUGGACGAUGACGAAGAGAUAGCCGUCACCCAGAGCAUCGAUAACUGCAUUUGCCCCAUCACACAGGUGGAGAUGGUGAACCCGGUGAAAAAUAAAACAUGUGGUCACAGUUAUGAGAAGGCGGCGAUUGAAAAAAUGAUUCAAGACAGACAAAAGAAGGGGAAAUCUGCCAGGUGUCCAAGGAUUGGCUGCGAGUACGAUGUGAGCAUAGGUGACCUUGUUCCGGACGUGGCCCUAAAGAGAGCCAUCGACAUUCACAGUAAAAAGUCCACCAGUUCAUGAGCUGGGCACUGAUUAUGGUCCCCCU